AUGGCGCUCCUUACCUACCCCUCCCUGAUCAAUUACGAGGAGCAACAAGAUGGCGCUGCACGACAGAGAUCCUCAAAACCAAAGUACAUGGACCACCUGCAGCGCGUGGCAGAUAGAGACGUCGACAACAUCCUGAUCGACCUAGAUGACCUGAAAGAAUACGAGAACGCUCUGGAGGACGGCGGUGCAUCGCUCAAGCUGGUCUCGUCGAUCGAACGCAACGCACACCACUACAUUGAAAUCCUGUCGCGCGCCGUCGACAAGCUCAUGCCACAAGCCAGCUCCGACGUCAGCUUCAAAGACGAUGUCAUCGAUGUCAUCCUCACCCAGCGACAGAACGCGAACCGUGUCAUGCAACAAGUCCUCGACGAAGGCACCGACAACAACGCGACCGACUCCUUCUUCCCUCCCGCCCUCACCCGCCGUUACACGCUCAACUUCAAGCCCGUCACCCCCUCCGAGUCUAGCGAUGGAAAGAGCAGCAAAGCCAUGGCCGUGCGCCAGGUGCGUGGUGAACACCUGGGCCACCUCAUCACAGUCCGCGGCAUCGCAAUCAGAGUGUCGGAUGUCAAGCCUGCCGUCCAGGUCAACGCCUACUCUUGCGAUCGCUGUGGCCAGGAGGUCUUCCAGCCCGUCACGACAAAGCAGUACACACCCAUGGUUCAAUGUCCUUCAGACGCCUGCCAGAAGAACAACGUCAAGGGCCAGCUCCUACAUUCGACUCGCGCCUCCAAGUUCCUCGCUUUCCAAGAAGUCAAGAUCCAGGAAAUGUCGGACCAAGUACCUGUCGGUCACAUUCCCCGUCAGUUGACCAUCUACUGCCACGGCUCCCUGUCUCGUCAGAUUAACCCCGGUGAUGUCGUCGACGUUGCUGGCAUCUUCCUCCCCACACCCUAUACUGGCUUCAAGGCUAUCAAGGCUGGCCUCUUGACCGAUACAUAUCUCGAGGCUCAAUACGUCCAUCAACACAAGAAGGCCUAUGAGUCGAUGGUCUUGGCUCCCAGCACUGUGCGCCGCAUGGCCGACUUGGAACAAUCUGGCCAGCUCUACGAAUACCUGAGCAGAUCCAUUGCCCCUGAAAUUUUUGGCCAUCUCGACGUCAAGAAGGCCCUUCUUCUACAACUGAUUGGCGGUGUGACCAAAGAGAUGGGUGAUGGUAUGCGUAUCCGUGGUGACAUCAACGUUUGUUUGAUGGGAGAUCCAGGUGUAGCCAAGUCCCAAUUGCUCAAGUACAUCACAAAGGUUGCGCCGCGUGGUGUCUAUACAACAGGUCGUGGUUCAAGCGGUGUCGGUCUUACCGCUGCGGUCAUGAGAGAUCCUGUCACAGACGAGAUGGUGCUUGAAGGAGGUGCUCUUGUUCUCGCAGACAACGGCAUGUGCUGUAUUGAUGAAUUCGACAAAAUGGACGACAGUGACAGAACAGCCAUUCAUGAAGUCAUGGAACAGCAGACCAUCUCUAUUUCCAAGGCCGGCAUCACAACAACGCUCAAUGCACGCACUUCGAUUUUGGCCGCUGCCAACCCGCUGUAUGGUCGUUACAACCCUCGCAUCUCACCCGUAGAGAACAUCAAUCUGCCAGCCGCGUUGUUGAGUAGAUUCGAUAUUCUCUUCCUCAUCCUCGACACACCUUCUCGCGACGCUGACGAAGACUUGGCUCGUCACGUCACUCACGUUCACAUCCACAACGCUCAUCCCGAGCCCGCAGGCGGCGGUUUGAUCUUUUCACCCAACGAGGUUCGCCAAUGGGUAGCUCGCGCUCGUUCCUUCCGACCCACAAUCCCCAAGGCCGUCUCCGACUACCUCGUAGGCGCCUAUGUACGUCUGCGUCAACAGCAGAAGCGCGACGAGUCGGCCAAGAAGACCUUCACCCACACGUCACCGCGUACGCUGCUCGGCGUGAUGCGUCUGUCACAAGCCCUCGCCCGUCUGCGUUUCGCGGAAGAGGUCAUUACCGACGAUGUAGACGAAGCACUGCGCCUUACCGAAGUCAGCAAGGCCUCGCUGUACGACGACGACCGCUCGCGCCGUGGCGACAUGAGCGUCAGCAGUCGCAUCUUCAACCUCGUGCGCGGCAUGCGCGAGAGCGGUGCUGCUGCUACCGGCGAAGGUCGUGGCGAGCUCGAUCUCCGUCGUGUCAGGGAGCGUGUUCUUGCCAAAGGUUUCACUCUACAGCAACUCGAGUCUUGUCUUGACGAGUACUCUGAUCUUGACGUAAGUCAUUCUUUUCCAUACAGUCUCGAUACAAGAUUGCUAACAUUGUUGUACAGANUUUGGCAAACUGCCGCAGAAGGCACCAGACUCGUCUUUAUCGAGGCUGGCGACGACAUGGAAGAUGAAGAGUAG